AUGGCAGAUGCGUUCCAGUUACCAGCGAACCCGAGUCGCCUUCUUCAGACCAUUAAAUUAGGGUGCUUGGCAGCACCAAACCUCAGCUUCAAUAAUAUUGAUCCGCCCCGCCCAGGAACCUUCUUACGCGCGCAAAAUCACGACCCAUUCAGGCGUAAGUCGUCAUUCUUGCCGCGGUGCGUCGAUGAUGGGCUAUGUCAUGCCAACGCCAACCCAGUGUCAGAAGUACCUGAGGCGCCCCCAUCCACCGUCAAAAGCUCUGGCGAUGCUAGCGUAAGCGACAAAGAUGAUGACUGUCUCAUGGAUCAUUGUAUGCUGCACGAAGGCGAGAAAGGCUUGCUGGACGUACCUCGAUCAAAGGUGCAGACCUCAGUAGGGCAGGUGGCUGAAACAUCCCCUCCACAGCUCAGCCGUCAAGUAAUUCGACAUGCUACUUUGAGUAGCUUGUACAUCAAAGUCGAGCGAUCAAAGCCUUCCAGUUAA